UUCUUCCAUCACACCACCCUUCCCUCUGUUGUGUCUGUUGAGCAUGCUUCUAGUCAUGUGUCUGGACAGAAUGCUCCUGCUGUGUACUGUGAUCUUUGGCUUCUGGAAGGACACCUAUGCUGUGUCCCCAGUGCCCUCUGUCCCAAACCAUGUCCCUGCCUUGGCAGGUUCCUGCGUGGUCAUCCCCUGCUCCUUCACUCCUCCAGCCUCUCACUCCAUCUUGGGCAGGCAGGGGAAGGUGGUGGGCGUGAGGCUGCGCUACAGGACUAGUUACAUCUUCCUCCUGCGGAGUACAGCUUUCAGUUCGGAUGACAUAUCCACGGUCAGCAAGGCGUUCCAGGGCCGGACAUCCCUAUGGGGAAACACGGACGAUGGAGACUGCUCUGUAAUGAUUGACAGGGUCCACCUGGCUGACUCCAAUGUCUAUCAGCUGGCGCUGAAGGGCCAUGGACAGAAAGACUGGGGGAAGGCGAGUAGCGUCAAUAUCGUUGUGUCAGAGUCCCCAGAGCUCCCAGUGAUCAGCGGUGUGUGGGCAGCGACAGAAGGACAGAUGGUGUCACUAAACUGCAGCAUCAGUUACUCCUGUCCCUCCCAGGCCCCCACCCUCCAGUGGCGGUGGGAGAGAGGAGCUCAGGAGAACAGCAGCGAGUACGGGGAGCCGCAUGUACUCCGGCCCCAGGGCCAGGGGCCUACGCUACAGACCUCUCUCACCUUUAUCGCAUCGUACCGCAUCAAACCCAGAAUGAGGUGUGAGGCAGUAUAUCCAGGAGGAAGAAGAGUAUACACCGUAAAGGAGCUCCAUGUGACAUUCCCUCCCAAAGAUGUCACAGUCCAGGUCCAUACCUUGACUGUCCAGGAGGGGUUGAACGUGUUACUGGCCUGCUCCUGUAAAGCUGACCCGCCUGUGACAGAGUACAGGUGGUCAUACACCCAACAUGGGCUAACUGUAGACCUUCACCAGCGCACAUUUACGGUCCGGGUGUAUAAUGUGACCCGCGACAUGAGGGUCCGCUGCACAGCCCAGAACCUAAUUGGACGGGCAGGUUCCAAAUCGACUUCCUUAAACAUUCAAUACAAGCCUGUCAUCCUCCAUCUCUCCUCCUACUGUGUUGUGGAGAGGUUGGAGGUUCUGUGUCGCUGUUCUGUAGACUCCAACCCCCGGCCUGCCGUAACCUGGAGUGUCAACGGUAGUGUUCCACCAUACAGUUACAACACAUCAGUAGGCUCAGAGAACGGUACACUAACAGCCACGCUGAAGGGCCACAUGGACACUCCACUGAGUGUAGUCUGCUUCGCCAUCAAUGCACUGGGCAACGACUCCCACACACUGCUUCAAGCAAAGGAUGGUUCUCUGCUGUGGAAAGUGAUACCUGCAGUAUGCAUCUCUUUGGCCACCUUCCUCCUCUCUCUACUCCUCCUGUUCUGCUGUCGAAAGAGGCCCGGAAAACCUCCGGUGUAUCCUGGGGACAUGGGGAUCUACCAGGAUCGGAUGCCCCUCUACAUCAACUGCACUGAGGUCACCAACACCUACAACAAUGGCAGUUACCAGCUGGUUUACCAGAACUGCACCCCUCUUUUCGUCCGGACCAAACAGACACAUCCGAUGGGGAGGCGAGGUGGGGAGAGACGAGGUGGAGAGAGGAGAGGGGGAGAGAGAAGAAGAGGUGAGAGCCGAGGAUGGGAGAGAAGAGGAGGAGAGAGUCAAGGGGGAACGGUGGACAGAGGAACAAGAGACAGACAAAGCCCUGCCUCCAAUGACAAUAAUACUGAAACAGCUAUCUACCUAGAGAUCAUCUGAGUUCAUCUCUCAGUGAGGUAUGUCAUGGAUAGCUCUGGUCCAGAUCGUUAGCACUAACGGCUUGGACCAGAGCUAUGUCAUGGAGUGGAAGAGAGCUCUUGCAGUGUAUAACAAUACAAGCAUGAACGUACUGCUUGACUGAUGAAGAUAAUUGCACAAAUGAUAUCAUAUCCAUUUGAUAUCAUUUUGCAUGAUUAUACAUACUGUACCAAGUAGUUAUGCAAAAGUAUACCAAAUGGGUUAAGUGGCACAUUAAGAUUAUCCUUCUCUCCUUUAAAAUUAUAUAUACAGUUGAAGUCAGAAGUUUACAUACACCUUUGCCAAAAACAUUUAAACUCAGUUUUUCAAUAUUCCUGACUUUUAAUACUAGUAAAAAUCUUAGGUCAGUUAGGAUCACCACUUUAUUUUAAGAAUGUGAAAUGUCAGAAUAAUAGCAGAGAGAAUGAUUUAUUUCAGCUU